CAACAAGCGCGUUUGUUAGCUAUAAUAACGGUCUGUUGUAUAUAAUAUUAUAGUCUUAGUCGUAUUUGGCGGCGUAUACAUUUUCGUUUUCGUAAGACAAUGAAUGUCUCUACGGCAAUAGUACUGUUAAUUGUGUUCCAGUUGAUCUAUCAUGCUCAGUUUUUAAUAUUCGAUGGAGAAGACGACGACGGUUCCCGAAAAGGGAUUAAACGAAGGUCUGUCAAUGGAUCCGAAUUGACUUUUCUCUAUUCGAACUCUGAACUUGGAAAUGAUAUGCCAAUAGACAUUGAAUUUGGUGACGAAUCAAAAGUACUUGAUUAUUGGAUAGACGGUCUUCCUUUAAAAGUCAUUACUCACGGAUGGCUUGCGUCAGACGAAAAUUUCACUGGAGUGUUUUGCAUUAAAACCGCUUAUGUCGACACCGGAGGGUAUAACGUUUUCACAGUAGAUUGGAGCCAUAUCGCAGAAGAUAUUAUCUACAGCAAACCGGCAAUCCUGACCUUAUCCGUGGGUAAACUGAUUGCUGAAUUUUUCGAACGUUUGAUCGCACACACAGGGACACAUCCGUCGGACGUACAUUUAAUAGGCCACAGUCUUGGUGCCCACGUCAUGGGGUCUUGCGGCUCUAAUUUUAAAUCGGAAAAAAUCGGCAGGAUCACCGGUCUGGAUCCAGCCUGCCCUGGGUUUCACUGUAUUCCUUUGCAGAAAAAGCAUUUGAAUAGAGACGAUGCAGAGUUUGUUGACGUGAUACACACGUCUGCAGGGACUCUAGGUUAUUUGAAUAGUCUGGGUCACGUCGAUUUCUAUCCCAAUGGCGGAAUAGCACCACAACCGGGUUCUGGUGUCUUGAUAUUAGAGUUCUUAAUUGGCAGUCAUUCGAGAGCGUACGAACUCUAUGCGGAUUCUGUGUACAAUAAAAAAUCUUUAGUCGCGACACAAUGUGGUACGUGGUUAGACUUUAAAUCAGACAAGUGUGAAAACAACACUAAAAUCAUGAUGGGACACGAUGCAGGGAAAAAUAUUAGUGCUAUGGGUGAUUUUUACUUGAAGACCAGCCGAAUGAAUCCGUUUGGUAUUUUAUAAGCUUAUUAUUCGACUACAUAAUAUAUUAUAACUAAUAUACACUAUAUGGCUACAAUGCUACACCCACACGUCUAAACUUGUUAUACUAUAAUGAUCACUUGUAAGUAUACAAGCAAUAAAUACAAUAUAUUUUUAUUA